AUGGUCUCCCUACGGCGAGUCGUUGUGGCCGCCAGCUCGGCUACGAUCCGGCUGACAGCCUUUGUUUUUCUAAGAUGGAUCCCUGGAUAUCCAUUCUCACCUAUCAUCUUCACAUCUUUGGUUAUUUAUCUAUCAUCGCUCUUCUCACUAGUUAAGGAUGAUCAACCCUCAGAGGAUCGCCCCGAGAAGGGCGGGAAGAACUCCACCAAGGAGCAUGCUCAUGAAUCGGGUGCAACUGAUUCCGGCGAUUCCGCGCUUAAGACUCUUCUUACAGGUCUCCCUUCCAAGGGGUCGCCUAUUUGGACGUGGGCCACGGCACUAAUCAACAUUGGUGUUGCUCUACUAGCACUUGACUUCUUGGUUCGAGGAUUCCUCGUCUAUCCCACCGAAGAUGUGACAUUCUCACGUAUUGGAUAUGUAUCGCCGACCACUGCGAAUCUGGUCUUCCGAGAGCCCGAUACGGCUCAAUUACCUGUAGUUGUUUCCUAUCAAGAAGCCUCCCAAAAUACCCAGAAAUGGAUUCAAGAAGGCACUGUCUACAAGCUAGACAACAGCACAGAUUUUACAGCUGCAGUGAAAUUGAAGAAUCUGAAGCCCGGAACCCACUAUCGAUACUCACUGUCGAACAACAAGACAGGCAAUUUUGUGACAACUCCGCGUCCAGGAUCCCCGGAAGCAAACAGAAUGUCCUUUGUCACAUCAAGCUGCUUGAAACCAAACUUCCCAUACAGCAUUUUAUCCCAUCCACUGCGAGUUCCAGGAAUCGAACAAAUGACCGAAGCACUCGCCAAGUUACCGGCACUUCUCAAACCAGCUUUCAUGCUCUUCCUUGGCGACUUCAUCUACAUUGAUGUACCUUUCCGAUUCGGCUCCUCAAUGGACCACUACCGCAGCGAAUACCGACGGAUCUACUCAUCUCCCUCGUGGGAUUUCAAAUCGGAUGAUGGAACUGCAAUUGAUCUCCCCUGGAUUCACACGCUAGACGACCAUGAAAUCGAAAACGACUGGUCAAAGGGUAACAAAACCGCUCCCUACCCAGCAGCAGCCGACCCAUUCACCCACUACCAUGUCAGCGGGAACCCACCAGUCCCCGCGAAAUCGUUCGCUCACCCAGAUGACGUAACCUAUUUCUCAUUCGUGAAUGGCCCUGCAUCAUUCUUUAUGGUCGAUACUCGCACAUAUCGCUCCGAGCCAUCACAGCCAAACUCAACUAUACUCGGAUAUGCACAGCUCCAAUCGCUUCUGCACUAUAUCUCCACACCCGAGCCACCGGGUGUCCAUUGGAAGAUUAUCUCAUCCAGUGUCCCUUUCACUAAGAACUGGCACGUCGGUAACACAGAUACGUGGGGUGGUUUCCUCGACGAGCGACGCAUAGUCUUCGAAGCGAUGUGGCAUGCUGAGCGUACUUUCGGUAUAAGAAUUGUUCUUCUUAGUGGUGAUCGCCACGAAUUCGGUGCUACACGGUUCCCGGAUCCGGAGCUUGCGUUGUCAUCUGAUGAGCUUCAGCCCAAUACUGCUGGAUUGGGUCUUCAUGAAUUUAGCGUGGGACCUCUUAGCAUGUUCUAUCUUCCCAUUCGGACGUAUCGUCAAACGGAUACGGAAGAUGUAGCGGUAAAGUAUGCACCAGAUGGGAAUAACAAGUUUGGGCUUGUCAAUAUUGCUGAAGAGGUGGAUUCGUCGGGGCGCAGCUCAGUUCUUACUUACUCGCUCUAUGUGGAUGGAGAAGUUGUGUGGAAGUAUCAGCUUAGUGUUCCUGUUAGACGCACUGGAGGUCGAACUCUUCCUCCUGGUCGCGUGCUUGGGGACAACUUGACUCGAGAGGGUUGGGAUGUUGUUUUCAAGACGGCAAUUGGAACAAUAGAAGAGAUAGGAAGCGUGGUGCUGAAGAAGGCGCGUGUUGCGUAUGAAGAGCUUCUGGAAAGGUUGCAAAAGGCAGAAGGACUGAAUUAG